CAGCUCCACGCGGCCAGCUGCUAGGAUCUCCCUCAGGAAUGACGCUAUAAAAACAAACCGUGAUUGGCUAGGUCCGAGCUGAAUUCUCCAUUUAUGGACAGAGUGGCUGGUGCUGGGCAUCGGCUGCACAGGCGGAGCGGGGCUCUCGCUCUCACUCCCGGGCCGGGCACACACUCCGCUGAGGAGCCGAGCUCCGUCAGAGCAUGAGAGGAGCCUCCAGCCUGACACCCGCCCGCCGCAUGGGGUCCGCGCUGGCCCCCCCUCUGCGCCGCUGAACGUGGGUCUCAGCCCCCACUUGGCGGACUUGGAGGCUAACCGAGGGGGAGGAAACCAGCCCCGUCCCCGCCUCCCGGGCAGCCUGUGCGGAGCCGCAGCGGCAGACGGGGCAGCGCAGCGCAGCGCGAUGGGCAGCAAGGGGCACUACCGAUAUCACUGGCAGAGUCACAAUGUCAAACAAAGUGGAGUGGAUGAUAUGGUCCUUCUCUCCAAAAUCACAGAGGAUUCCAUAGUGGAGAAUCUAAAGAAACGGUACAUGGAUGAUUACAUCUUUACAUAUAUUGGAUCUGUGUUAAUCUCUGUGAAUCCUUUCAAACAGAUGCCAUACUUUGGAGAAAAGGAAAUUGAAAUGUAUCAGGGAGCUGCUCAGUAUGAAAAUCCACCACAUAUCUAUGCUCUAGCGGACAACAUGUACAGAAACAUGAUUAUUGACAGAGAAAACCAGUGUGUCAUUAUCAGUGGUGAAAGCGGUGCUGGAAAGACUGUAGCUGCUAAAUAUAUCAUGAGUUACAUCUCUAAAAUAUCAGGAGGUGGUCCCAAGGUACAGCAUGUGAAGGACAUUAUUCUGCAGUCAAACCCUUUACUGGAAGCCUUUGGGAAUGCGAAGACUGUGCGGAACAAUAACUCCAGCAGAUUUGGGAAAUACUUUGAAAUCCAGUUUAGCCCAGGUGGGGAGCCUGAUGGUGGAAAGAUCUCCAACUUUCUCCUGGAAAAGUCUCGGGUGGUAAUGAGGAAUCCUGGAGAGAGGAGUUUUCACAUUUUUUACCAGCUUAUUGAAGGUGCCUCCUCAGAGCAGAAACACAGCCUGGGCAUUACCAGUAUGGAUUACUAUUACUAUCUGAGCCUCUCUGGAUCCUACAAAGUAGAUGACAUAAAUGACAAAUCUGAUUUUCAGGAAACUCUGCAUGCAAUGAACGUGAUUGGCAUCUUUGCAGAGGAACAGACACUGGUACUACAGAUCGUGGCAGGAGUGCUGCACUUGGGAAACAUCAGCUUUAAAGAAGUUGGCAACUAUGCGGCAGUGGAGAGUGAGGAGUUUUUGGCUUUCCCUGCUUUCCUCCUCGGAAUUAACCAAAGCCGCCUGAAAGAGAAACUGACCAGCAGGCAGAUGGACAGUAAGUGGGGAGGCAAAUCAGAGUCCAUUAAUGUGACGCUUAAUGUGGAACAGGCCUGCUACACCAGAGAUGCUCUAGCCAAAGCCCUUCAUGCCCGCAUCUUUGACUACCUGGUGGAUUCCAUUAAUAAGGCUAUGGAGAAGGACUAUGAAGAGUAUAACAUUGGUGUCUUAGACAUUUAUGGCUUUGAAAUAUUUCAGAAAAAUGGUUUUGAACAGUUCUGCAUCAACUUUGUUAAUGAAAAACUGCAGCAGAUUUUUAUUGAACUGACACUGAAGGCAGAACAGGAAGAAUAUGUGCAAGAAGGAAUUAUGUGGACACCUAUAGAUUAUUUCAACAACAAAAUAGUAUGUGACCUCAUUGAGAAUAAAGUGAAUCCCCCAGGAAUUAUGAGCAUUCUGGAUGAUGUGUGCGCCACAAUGCAUGCAGUGGGAGAGGGAGCUGACCAGACGCUGCUCCAGAAACUCCAGAUGCAGAUUGGGACUCAUGAACAUUUCAACAGCUGGAAUCAGGGAUUUAUCAUCCACCAUUAUGCAGGAAAGGUAUCCUAUGAGAUGGAUGGAUUCUGUGAGAGGAAUCGGGAUGUUCUUUUCAUGGACUUGAUUGAACUCAUGCAGAGCAGUGAGCUACCUUUUAUAAAGGCUCUAUUUCCUGAAAAUCUCCAAGCAGACAAGAAAGGCCGCCCAACCACUGCUGGCAGUAAAAUUAAGAAACAAGCAAAUGAUCUUGUUGGUACCCUGAUGAAAUGUACACCUCACUAUAUCCGCUGCAUCAAGCCCAAUGAAACAAAGAAGCCUCGGGAUUGGGAGGAGAGCAGGGUAAAGCAUCAAGUGGAAUACCUAGGGCUGAAAGAAAAUAUUCGAGUAAGGAGAGCAGGCUAUGCGUACAGACGGGUAUUCAAAAAGUUUUUGCAGAGAUAUGCCAUUCUGACCAAAGCAACCUGGCCUUCCUGGAAAGGAGAUGAGAAAAAGGGGGUUCUCCACCUGCUCCAAUCAGUCAAUAUGGACCCUGAUCAAUACCAGCUUGGGAAAACUAAGAUCUUUAUCAAAGCUCCAGAGUCUCUGUUUUUGCUUGAAGAGAUGAGAGAACGGAAGUAUGAUGGAUAUGCUCGGGCAAUCCAGAAGGCAUGGAGGAAAUACAUGGCCAGGAAGAAGUAUGUACAAAUGAGAGAAGAAGCCUCAGAUCUGUUGCUGAACAAGAAAGAGAGAAGGCGAAACAGCAUCAACAGGAACUUUAUUGGGGACUACAUAGGCAUGGAGGAGCAUCCAGAAUUACGUCAGUUUGUAGGGAAACGGGAGAAGAUUGAUUUUGCAGACACAAUUACUAAAUAUGACAGACGGUUUAAGGGUGUGAAGCGAGACCUUGUCCUCACCCCAAAGUGCAUAUAUCUGAUUGGGCGUGACAAGGUGAAGCAGGGGCCAGAAAAAGGCCUGGUGAAGGAGGUGUUAAAGCGGAGGAUUGAGGUGGAAAGACUUCUUUCUGUUUCCCUAAGCACAAUGCAGGAUGACAUUUUCAUUCUACAUGAACAGGAAUAUGAUAGUUUGCUUGAAUCGGUCUUCAAAACGGAAUUUUUAAGCCUUUUAUCUAAGCGAUAUGAGGAGAAAACACAAAGAAAACUACCUCUGAAAUUUAGCAAUACACUUGAAGUGAAGCUGAAGAAGGAGAAUUGGGGACCAUGGAGUGCAGGUUCUCGCCAAGUGCAAUUUAUGCAAGGCCAAGGAGAUUUAGUUAUUCUCAAGCCAAGUAACAAGAUGCUGCAGGUCAGCAUUGGACCAGGACUACCAAAGAAUUCCCGCCCCACGAGACGGAACAUUACCCAAAGCCAAGGGUAUUCUCAUAGGACUCAAAGUCAGAAUUACCCCAUGAGGGCUGCUCCACCUCCCCCAGGUCACCAUCAAAAUGGAGUGAUAAAAAGCCCUCAAUUUGUGCCACAUCCCCACACCCCAGCAAACCAGCGAGCUGGUCAGAAGAACCUGCAAACUACUAUGGUGCGCCCACCUUUACCACAGCAGCUCUCGGCAGGAUCAGAUAAGGUUUCACACCAACCAGAAAGUCUGGACUUCCUCAAGGUGCCUGACCAAGGUGCUGCUGGUGUUCGCAGGCAGACAACAAACCGGCCCCCACCAGCUGGAGGGAGACCUAAACCACAGCCAAAACCCAAGCCUCAGGUACCGCAGUGCCGGGCACUGUAUGCAUAUGAUGCUCAGGACACAGAUGAACUUAGUUUUAAUGCCAAUGACAUAAUUGAUAUAAUCAAAGAAGAUCCCUCAGGCUGGUGGACAGGCAGAUUACGAGGGAAGCAAGGACUGUUCCCCAACAACUAUGUGACCAAGAUAUAACAAAAUACUAAGGCGGUUUUGUUAAAUGAAGGAUAGCGUGACAUUACCAAUAAUUGAAAAAUAAGAUGCUUUCCCCUCCCUCUCUCACAUGAGGACAAAUGGCAGUUCUCCGAGGCUAUAAUUCUUAGCAGCAUCUUCACCAGUGAAGUUGUACACAAGCAAGAAAAAAGUCACUCAGUUUACUGGCCAAAAAGCAAAUGUGCAAAUCUAUGCCUCAGAUACACGUAUGGAAGUAGUGAAAAAUGAAUUAUUUAUUAUAUUUAAACCUGUUUCUAGUGCGGAGUGAAUGAAGGUGUAGUCCUUAGUUUUCCUAAAACUGCACAGUGCUUUGCAAUCUGGGGCUAGGGACUUUGGAAGGGUUGUGUUUAACAAGUGCCUUUAGUUUUUAUACAUAUAUAUGUAUGUAUGUGUAUAUAUAUAAUGAAGAGGGCCUUAUGCACAUUUCCUCUGAUAUGGCUCACUCUGGGGACCAUGGUAAGAAUGCUGCUACAUGUCACACUGAUUUAGGAUAAGGGAUGGUAUAUUUAAAUAGUUCUGUACAGAUGUGUAAUGGAGCUGGUUUAUUGCUUGCCAGUAAAGUUUAGGGAUUCCAAAAGGCACUGCCAAAACAACCCAACCCUGUCUGCUCUACAAUGCUGCCUUCUCCAUGAUUUAUAGAAGAAUAUGGCUGGCCCAUGUUGGAUUUAUGUUUAAUGCUCUACCUGUUACAGGAAGCAGCUCUUUCCCCUGAGCUGUACAUGUAUAGGAACAGAUCAUAUACUGUAUAUAAAAACUCUAAUAUAGUAGAAAUAUGUAUGAAUGUACAAUGUAGUAUUCACUGUACUUAUGCAUAAGGUAGUUUUAUUAGGUUUGUGCCAGGUACUUUCAAAUACGCACUAUUAUUUUAAUGAUAAAACCAAUGUUAAUGCUUUUAAGCCCAGUUGCCUCCCUCACCAUUUAAAAUGGCUGUUGUUUACCCUGCGGAUAUUGUCAGCAUCUAUCUUUUUCUCCUGACACUCCCUCAAUAAAAUACAGGAACCAAUGAUUUGAGUUGGUUUGUUAAAUUUGUAAUGUGUCUGUUUUGCUUGCAUGAGUACCUGAAACUCUCUUUUCAGAAUGGAUAACUAAGCUGCCAGCGCACAGAGUUCCAGAGAAGGAAGCAAUAGGGUCUACAACUAUAUAAAAAGGCUCUUUCUUCUGAAGACAGAUAUACUGAAUGUUCCUCUUAGCCCAUGUAUGAGUGGUUAAAGCAGUGGUAGGAAACCUGUGGCCCACAUACAGCCCAUCAGGUAAUCUGAUUGUGAGCCACAAGACAGGUUACUGACAUUGACCAUCUGCAGGCACUUCCCCUCCCCCCCCCCACA